UGUGGUAUCCUUUCUUGUGGUGAGGUUGGGUAACCUCCUGAUCAAGGAAACCACACUCUUAUGGAGUGUACGGAAUCAGGGAUAAGAGAUGCUACUUAUGACAUUGAGGAUGUUAUUGACAGUUUGGUGCUUAAAUUUGCACCUCGAAAUGGAAGAAGAAUCCAUAAGCCCGUCACCAAAGGCAUAGCACUUCACAACCUUGCCUCAAAAAUUGACAAGAUUAAAUCUCAAAUAAUUGAUCUCACCAGAAGCUUACAAACUUAUGGAAUAACUGCAAGAAAAGAAGAAGGAACUAGCUUAGCAUUUGAGAGGCAGAGGCAGCUCAGGUGGUCUUAUUCCCAUGUCAUUGAAGAGUAUAUUGUUGGGUUUGAUGAAGAUAUGAGGCAACUGAUAACACAGCUGGUGAAUGAAGAGAAAUGCAGAGUUGUGUCUAUCUGUGGUAUAGGUGGUCUGGGAAAGACUACCAUGGCAAAGGCUGUUUGUCAUCAUGGUGAUAUAAGGAGACAUUUUGAAGGGUUUGCUUGGGCAUAUGUGUCUCAACAGUGCAAAAGAAGAGAUGUUUGGGAGGGGAUUUUGCUGAAACUUAUCACUACAUCCAGGGAGGAGAGGGAGGAAAUUUUAAGAAUGAGAGAUGAUGAUUUGGCAAAGAAGCUUUAUAAAGUUCAGAAAGAAAAGAAGUGUUUGGUGGAUGAUAUUUGGAGCACUGAGGCAUGGUCUACUCUUAGUGUUGCUUUUCCAAAUGAAACUGCUUCUAGUAGCAAAAUACUGCUUACAAGACGCAACAAAGAGGGAGCUCUGAUUUCUGACCGAGAGGGAUUGGUUCAUGAACCAAACUGUUUGAAUGAAGAAAAGAGUUGGGAGUUAUUCCAAAGGAAGGCAUUUCCAAGGAGAGGCGAUUCAGAGCUCAAAAUCAAUGAAGAUAAGGAGAAGCGAGGGAGGGAAAUGGUUGGAAGCUGUGCCGGUUUACCUUUGGCGAUUGUUGUGCUCGGAGGGCUUUUGGCAACAAACGAAACAUUGAUUGAGUGGGACAUGGUGAACAGAAAUAUCAGGUCUUAUUUGGCCAAAACUAAAGGCCAUGAACAAGCAAGAUUAUGAUGGGGAGAAAAGCCAAUUUGCAAAUUACAUUUCCAUUGCAUUUUUUUUCUUUAUGUUUAACUUUACUGAUGUGAAUUGGUACAGAAAUUUUUUUUAGUGUUAUCCUUUGUUAGGAUCUUGCUUUUUCAUGUAUUUUCAUAGGAAAUUCAAAGAGAAGGUGAUGUAUCUGUUGUCUGUGGAAGUGAAGAUUUCUAGUCUUCUAGUCUUUUAGGGCAUGUUUGGAAGCCCAGACAUAACUCAUGGUUGACUAAAAAUUAGUCCUAAAC